UGUCAAAUCUGAUCCGGAACAUUUUUAUUGAAGUCACACCAAAUGGCAAAAGGAAGACUGAAAUUCUGUACAUGAAUGCAGUUGAUCACUUCCUGCCAAGAGGGAUGUCCUGGAAAUGAACUAACUUGUCACAUGUCCAAAUGUAUAUUGACCUUAAAAAGGUGCGUACGUACACCAGUUUGUUUGUGUUGGGGUUGUUUUAUCGUUUCACCUUUGUGUUAAUGGAAAGUUGGUUGGAGCAGUAACUGGAAUACGUAAUUUGAAACUUCUUUUGGAUAAGACCGGUAGUUCUGUAGAAAUAGAUUUCUUGUAGACAGGAUAAGAACCAGGGCAUGACUUGUUUUGUUCUUCUGCUUCAUUGUUUGAAGUUCAACUAAGACAACUGAAAUCUUCCAAAUGUGUUUUCAUUCAUAACGUGUACUGGUACAUGUACAGGGAUAGGACAGUGCAGAUGAUAUCCAUAUUUGAUGAUAGAGGUAGUCCUUGAAUAAUUAUGCAAAUGAAUGACAUUGUAUGCCAAAAGUCAUCUAUUCAGAUGGCUGUUAUUAUACCAAUUAAUGCUAAUUGCUAAUAAUUUACAUGUAGUUGCCACAGCAGAGUUUGGUACUAAAAAGGAAGUACACAUUAGCUCUAUAAGUACCCGUAAGUGUGUAGAAAGCUUGGAGCAGCCCAACCCAGUUAUGGUAGUGUGUAGGCAGUGAAUGAGAGUGCGUGGGAUGCCAUCACGAACCUGUAGCAGUGUGUGAGCUGGUGGCCUUCACCCCUGGAAUUUGUGCAUGCCAACACUACACACUUGGCUAGUGUAAUAAUAAGUACCGCAGUGGCGACUCGGUGUCGAGCACAACCAGCUCCAUUCAGACUGUUGCCAGUGUGAAGGGGUGUGUGUGCACCCAAGCAAGCUUUCAGCGUUGAUCAGCACUUCGCCGGUGUUACUGCCCGAGUGCCUUGAGGUGCUGGGUUGCUGUUGGCUGUUGAGGAGGAAUAAUAGUGCUUUGCCUCCAUUGUUUAACAUCAAUGUUUGUGGAAUAUUUUGAGAAGUUGAAGCAAGGAAUAUUGUGAAUCUUGCACUGGGGUAUUAACUGAUCCGAUCACAAACUGAACAAUGGAGAAUGUGACAGACGAGCCCAGGGUCUGUGAGGGCCUGAUCCUACCACUGACUGACGAGUCCGGUUGGAGUCUUGGGUCGCGGAUAGCGCUUUACUUUGUGGGCCUGAUCUGGAGUUUCUUGGCUGUGGCUAUUAUCGCCGAUGUGUUCAUGGUCUCCAUUGAAGUCAUCACCAGUCGGACUCGGCUGCUCAAGAUCGCCAACCCAGACUUCCCCGGCGGCAUUGAGGAAGUGGAGAUCCGCAUCUGGAAUGACACGGUGGCCAACCUGACCCUGAUGGCCCUGGGCUCCAGCGCCCCGGAGAUCCUGCUCUCCAUCAUUGAGAUCGCCGGCAAUAACUUCAAGUCGGGCAAGCUGGGGCCCAGCACCAUCGUGGGCUCAGCCGCCUUCAACCUGCUGGUCAUCACGGCCGUCUGCAUCAUGGCCAUCCCCAAGGGCGAGUGCAAGGGCAUCCGGAUGAUCAAGGUGUUUGCCACCACCACCGCCUUCUCGAUCUUUGCCUACAUCUGGCUCUACCUGGUCCUGCAGGUGAUCAGCCCCAACAAGAUUGAGAUCUGGGAGGCGGUGGUCACCUUCAUCUGUUUCCCCAUCUUGGUGGUGGUUUCCUACAUGUUUGACCGAGACUUCUGUGGUACCAAGAAGCAUGAGCCGGACAUGGAACUCGGAAUAGCUGAAGGUUCUCCGUUCCUGUCCGCCGGCCAUGUGGACAAGAAGGCCGUGGCUGAGUUCAUGCGUGAGGUUGGGCGGCACCCGGAUCUUGACGAGUCGACCAUCGCACAGCUGAUUGCCUUGGAGGCCCAGAAGCAUGAGGUGCACUCCCGCAGCUGGUACCGCGUCAACGCCUCCAGGGCCCUGCUGGGGCAGAAGAAGAUCGAGCAGGAGGUGGAGCCUCGCGUUCUGGAACUGUAUCAAAAGAUCAAGAACAAAGAACUGCCAGCCAACCUGCCGCAGACUGACCACUCGGCGGGAGGCACCAAGGCUGUGGUGGAGUUUAGAGCCUCCUCCUGCGCCGUGUACGAGAAUGAAAAGAAAGUGCAUAUCGUGGUGGAGCGCUUUGGACUCAUGAGCGUCCAGGCAGUUGUAAGGUAUGAGACGGUUAAUGGCACGGCAGAGGCUGGCUCAGACUACAUUGCCCAGCGAAGCACCCUGGUCUUUGAGCCAGGCGAGACGGAGAAGAUCAUCGAGAUUGAGAUCAUUGACGAUAAUGAGUGGGAGCCAGAUGAGACGUUCUUUGUCAAGCUGGCCAUGGACCCCAGUGAGGAGGCUUGCCUGGGACAUCGCUCAGUCAUGCAGGUCAUCAUCAUGAACGAUGACGAGCCCGGAGUCUUUGAGUUCACCAAGACCAGCUACCUGAUCAAGGAGAGUGCGGGCAGUGUCUUUGUCCCCGUCAGCCGUAACCAGGGUGUGGACGGCAAGGUGGAGGUCCAGUGGCGCACCAAGGACAUGGAGGCGGUCAAUGGCAAGGACUACGUGGGCGGGGAGGGCACGCUGGUCUUUGAGCACAAUGAGAAGGAGAAGGAAAUUGAAAUUCCCAUCAUUGAUGACCAGGAGUAUGAGAAGGAUGAGAGCUUCCAGAUUGAGCUGUUUGAACCCACAGGCGGGGCCCAGCUUGGCCGGCUCAAGAAGACGGUGGUGACCAUCAUCAACGAUGAUGAUUAUGCUAGCAUCCUGGACCGAGUGGUUGCUAUCACUCACGUCAACAUGGACCGUCUUAAACUUGGCAAUGCCUCCUACGCUGACCAGUUCAAAGAUGCCAUGAAUGUCAAUGGCGGCGAUGUGGAAGGAGCCGGGGCACUAGACUAUAUCAUGCACUUCCUGACUUUUGGAUUCAAGGUCAUCUUUGCAAUUGUCCCGCCACCGGGAUUCCUCAACAGUGGUGGCUGGAUCACGUUCGUCUGUGCCCUUGGCAUGAUUGCCAUCCUGACGGCCCUUGUCGGGGAUCUUGCCUCCAUCUUUGGCUGCCUCAUCAACCUGGAUGCCAGCAUUACGGCCAUCACCUUUGUGGCACUGGGCACCAGUCUACCCGAUCUCUUUGCAAGCAAGACGGCCGCCCUGAACGAGAAGUAUGCCGACAACUCCAUCGGUAAUGUUACCGGCAGUAACUCUGUCAAUGUCUUUCUGGGUCUUGGGUUGCCCUGGUUGAUAGCAUCGAUCUACUGGGCUGCUAAGGAUGACGAGUUCAUUGUUCCUGCUGGUGCCUUGGCCUUCAGCGUCAGUGUCUACACCAUCUGUGCUGUGGCGUGCAUCAUCUUACUCAUGCUACGCCGUUUCCUGCGCGUCUUUGGCAAGAACGAGCUGGGCGGACCCUUCGGCCCCAAAAUAGGCUGCGGCGUAUUCCUGAUCUCUCUCUGGGUCCUGUACAUCCUGUUGUCAUCCUUCCAAGUCACUAAAUACAUUUUCCCUAUUGAUGAGUAGACAGGCGCUUACGGUAAAGUUUAGCGUGCUCUGAGAUAUUUGAAAUUUUGGGGGAGACCCGUAAUUCCGCAGGGACGGGAGGGGGGAUAACUUUGGUAGCCAGGUCUUGACCUUGUGAUCUGAUCGACCUAUUCCCAUGUGCCCCAUGCACAAGUAACCCUCCACAGCAAGAAACGAUCAACAUUGUUGCUGCCAAAGAACGUUGGAGUUGCAGUUGUGACCGUGCAUCCCUCUAGCAGCAGUAAGUAUGGGCAUGCGACCAGUGCGAUCGACGUACAUGCAUAACAUGUCAUUGGGCUCUCUUGAGUCGUCUACACAGUAUGUACAAUUUUAUUGCAUUGCAUGCAGCCCACAGAAAUUACUUCAAGUGUAUUUGCCCUUUAUAAAGCCCCCCUCCCCCCAAAAUGGUGUGCCCUCGUCAAAGAAUGAAAUAUUGUAGGUACGUACAACCUAUUUAAUGACCAGGGGCCAAUGUCAUACAGCUGCCUAAGCACAAAAUUUGAUUAAGCGCGAGAAAAACCUUGCUUGACAAAUCAGGUUAACAGCCAAAACUCCAUGUG